AUGGCAGCCCGUGUGACCAAGCUUUUUCUCCAGAACUGUGGCUCUGCAAGCAGCAAGCCAACGAAGGAUACAUCAUCCAAGAGCAAGACACUGGAAGGUGAUCAUACAAUGUCCAAAACUGCCCGGAGAAAACUCCGACAGAAGAACAAAAAGGUGUCUAGCACGUCCAAGGUGAAGGUGCUGGAAGAGACCCGUCGCGAGCUAAUGCAGGCUGAUCGCACGGCACAAAACCUUCGCAAGCUGAAGAGUAAAGUGCCAAUCAAGUCACUGCGCCUCAUGGAAAAGGUUCUUGCGCAGCGAAAUGCUGCAUUCCGAUAA